UCCACAACCAUUUGAACCAUUUGAACAUUAACGGCUCAACAGCUCGUUACGAAAGAAAGUAUCGCUGAAAAGUACAUUUCCGGGUGUCAGUAAUACCGUGAAAAACAUUUAAAUAAUGUAAAUAUUCAUUUAUGAUUGAUUUAAGAGCAUACUGACAUACGUUCAUUAUUGCAUUUUAUUUUGUUUAAUCCUUCCACGACUCCACAUUAUCUUACUCAACACCUUUCGAAAAUACUCUACAUUUCCAUUUCCCUCUAUUGACUGUGAGAGAUUCCCUUGUCAAAUUAUCACUUUGAAUUUAUUUUUCUACAAUAAAAUGGAUACUCCUGAGUUGACUGAAUAUGAAUCUGCACCAAGUAUUCGUGUCCAUAAACGUGAGACAAAGCACAGAAUAUUUGUCAACCGGAGCUUGCAGCUAGACAAAAUAAAGUUUUUCGGAUUCGAUAUGGACUACACUCUAGCACAGUAUAAAUCACCACAAUAUGAAGAGCUUGCAUUUAAUAUUAUAAAAAACCGGCUGAUAAAACUUGGCUAUCCUCCGAAAACUUCUGAUUUUGUUUAUGAUCCCUCGUUUCCGCUGAGAGGCCUAUGGUUUGAUCGGCUUUAUGGUACUCUGUUAAAAAUGGAUCAGUUUGGCAAUAUUCUUUCAUGUUUACGUGGAUUUAAUUUUAUCCAAAGGGAAGAACUUCGAUCAAUGUAUCCAAAUAAAUUUGUGAAGUACGACGAAAAACGAAUUGAAAUAAUGAACACUUUGUUCAGUCUUCCAGAAACCUACAUACUCUCAUGUAUAAUCCAUAUGUUCGUCAACGAUCCUGAUUAUAUAAAAGUUGAGCAUGGUGUCAAAAAAGGAUCUCUGUAUAUGUCAUACGCUUCAAUUUAUGAAGAUGUAAGAACCGCUUGUGAUUGGAUGCAUAGAGGAGAACUAAAACAACGUACUUUGGCAAAUAUUAGUGAAUAUGUCGAAAGAGAUCCACGUUUAUGUACUUUGUUAGAUCGGCUACGAGUGAAUGGUGCAAAAGUGUUUUUGUUAACGAACAGUGACUUUGAAUACUCUCAUGCAAUUAUGAGCUUCAUUUUGGGAGGUCCAAGACCUGAUGGUACAAUUCGUAAAUGGACAAGUUAUUUUGAUUACAUUGUAACUGACGCAAGAAAACCAGCAUUCUUUCAAGAAGGAACAAUUUUAAGAGUUGUUUGUCAAGAUACUGGGCAGCCCAGUAUUGGUCAUCAUAUGGGUCCUUUAGAAACUGGUCAAAUAUAUUCCGGAGGAUCAUGUGAAGUGUUUUCUAAUCUAAUUGGUGCUCGUGGUAAAGAUGUUUUAUAUGUUGGUGAUCAUGUUUAUGGUGAUAUAUUAAAAUCGAAAAAAACUGUCGGUUGGAGAACAUAUUUAAUUAUACCAGAAUUAGCAAAUGAAAUUUAUGUAUGGAAAAAAAAGAAAUCAUUAUUUGAUGAAUUACAAAAAAUUGAUAAUAAUUUAGAAACAAUCUAUCGUGAUUUGAAUAUCUCAUCGAAUAUAAGACCGGAUGUUGGAGAUUUACAGAGAAAAAUUCGGGCUGUGGCUCAACGAAUGGAAGAAUCUUAUGGUGCAUUGGGAAGUAUUUUCCGAAACGGUUAGUUUUGAAAUCAGUUAUUUUCUCUUCUCAAAAAUGUUUAUCGUAUUAGUUAUUUAAACAUCCAGUAUUCUUGUUAGUACUAUAACCAUCAUAUACAUUAGGUGAUGUUUGUCAAAACACUAUAACAAUAAUUUUAUGAAAAACAUAGUCUUUCAAUAAUUACCUCUGACUUAAGUAAUGAUGAUAAUGAUGAUGGUGAAAUUAGGCAACUACAAAUUUCCAACAGAAUAUCAUUACUACCUAUAUGUUUACUUGUUUAUAAUACUUACACACACACAUACACACACGUACACAUACAAAAGCAAAUUUACACUAUAUAUCAAACAGUAAAGAUAGUUCAUAUUACAUUAUUAUUUAAUUUUCUUACGAUUUGGUGUAUUCAGUGUCUGACUUUAACCUGUAUUCGUAUAAAUCAUUCCUGUAAACUUUGUGCUUUUCUGUUCCUGGAUUAAUUUAUUGUCAUUUGUAAACUUUUUUUCUAACAAUUUACUAUUCAUAGCUUGAAUGUAGCUGAAUUGAAUUGAUAGUAAGAAUGAAUUUAAUGUAUAUUAAAUUCUUAGUUGUUCUUUUUCCAAUUCAAUUUCAUAUAGAUUAUCGACGGAUUGUAUUAUAAUCUUGAUUUAAACCUCAAUUAUAAUUCGUUGGUAAAUAUGUUACAUUUAUUUCAGUCUCCAUGACAUAUAUACACAUUUGUUUUGGGCGGUUGUUUGAAUCUAAUAUUAUAAUCCACUAUUAACCUAACCCAACCACAUACAUUACUAAGAAAAUCAAGAGUGAGCAAGAAGCUUUUAUUGGUCGACCACAAGCAAAAUAUACGCACUAACUUGUUCUUUAUACGUAUAAGAAGUUAUGAGCAAUUCAGAAUCUCAGAAUUCGGGGAAAGAUAAAGAACAGAUGCACCUGCGCCACGUCAAACGAUUUUAAGCCAUGUCAUUUAAAGUCUAAGCGUUGGUUUUGAUGCUCGCGCAGACCACAAUCAAGUAGUCUACACCUAUUAUCAUGGCUCAAUUCAAUUGUCAAUGAUUUCAUCUACUGAUGCCAUGUAUCGGUUUGGCUGCCUCUAGCUUUUUCCCAUCUUAUUCCUGCACCAGAAAGCAUCACUCGUCAAGAUAGACAAUAGUUGGACAUACAUAACACAUUUCCCAACCACCUCAGUUGACGAAAAUUCACUUGCUCAUCAAUCGAUUUCCCACCUUUACCAAGAACCCUAUUUCUAACCCCAAGCAUUGCUUACUUCUUGAUCCCAAAACUUGCAACUAGUCGGCUCAAAAAUCUUGCCUGAAAAUAUAUUAAGCAUGAUCAUUAUUUAUUUGAGAGUUUAGCAUAUAUAAUUGUAAAGGAUUUUAGAUCAGCAUUAUUAUGCUUCCUUCUGAUUGAUUGAUCCGCAAUUAACGACCAAUGUCGUAUUUGUACAGUUCGUUAGUAGUGAUAGAAUUUCACGGAUUAUAAAGGAUUAUGGCCAUUAGUCUAGGUAAUUCGACAUUAAGUGUCCUGUUGAUAAAUACGUUAGACAAUUGCCAUGUUAAGUAUCUCUAUUAGUGAGUUGAGUGUUUUGCUUUAUAAUGAAAAUUAACGUUUAGAUCAUUGAAAUAUGAAAACACAAUGUACACUAUAAUUACUGAUUAUUUAUAAGUCUCCUUUUUCCUCUGUUAUAUGAUUAUUGUUAACACGUUUGGUUUUUAUUAUAUUUCAGGUUCUCGUCAUACAUUCUUCUCAUCUCAAGUAUUACGCUAUGCUGAUUUAUAUUCUUUCUCUUGUAUUAAUCUAAUCUAUUAUCCUUUAUGUUAUAUGUUUCGUGCACCAGCUAUGCUUAUGCCUCAUGAAUCAACUGUAUCUCAUGGUGAUUCACCAAAAGAUAGUUUUUCCGAUUUAGAUGCUUUACCGUGUGGAAUUCGUCGACGUACUAAAAAUGAAAUAACUCCAUUAUCAACGGACAUAAAUGGUCUUAACUCUACUUUGGAGAGUUCACUUUAUUGUAAAAGUAAUAAUAAUACUAUUUGUGAAUCUGAUGAAGAACAGGAUGAUUCACUUGAUUCCGAUUAAAGUUAUUGAACUUCACCAAAUUUUUUUUCUCUCUCACAAUUGGUUCUAUCAUUCUUAUCAAUGUAAACGCGCUUAAGGAAUAAAGAAAAUAAAAGAAAAUUAAAAUAGAGAAAAUUGAAAAGAAAAAAAAAGUGUACAUGUACACACACACACACCUACAUACACAUACACAUACGCAUACACGCUCAAACAAAUAAACAAACAUAAUCGCUUAUUAUAUAAAUAUAAAUAUGUUAAUCAAAACUUACUACCUACAUUACCUGAUCAUUGUUAAUGUCUAUUCCAUUUAGUCAAUAUACACAUACACUUUUUAUUGUAUUUCUAGUCCGAUUCAAUAUGAUGAUUAGUAGAAUGAAUAUGAUAAUUAAAGCGAAUGAUUUUUCCGUUUUUUUAUUAUUUAAUUAAUUAUUUAUUAUUUUUAUUGAUCAUUGAACAAUUGAAAUCCUGCGGGUUUUUUAAAAAAAAUAUCUAAUAACAAUGAAUUCACUGUUGAUUUAAUCAUUCAAUGGAAAUUAUUUUUAAUUCAAAUCAUCUUGAUGAUUGAUUGAUUGGUGACGACGCCUUACUUACUUACCUACGCCUGUUACUCCUGGUGAAGGAGUAUAGGCCGCUCACCAGCAUUCUCCACGCCUACAUUCUUAUAAUUAACCAUUUGAUUUCAUUAUCAUGAUUAUUAAUUAGUAUGAUUUUUUGUCACUAAGUGAUGAUAAGAAUGUUUUACCUCCAAAAAAAUGAUUGUUUUCUCUUAAUCCAUCUAUCUAUCUAUCUAUCUCCAUCCGUCAUUAUUGUUUACCGAUGAAGAAAUAUAUCGAAAAAGAGAAAAGGAAAAAAAGUAAUCCGAUAGGAUGGGAAAAUUUGGUGAAUUUAUUUCAAAUAUAUAUCUAUAUAUAAGAAAUGAUUAGUUAUUUGGUGCUUUACAUUAUUGAUCUCAUUGUUUUAAAUCAUCAUUCAACUCAAUAUAUCAUAUGUAAUAUAUAUAUAUAUAUAUAUAUA